AUGGGCGAGCCGCGCCGCAUCGUCCUCGCCGACCCGCUCGCGGGUAAUGUCCGCCGUCCGCGGUUCGCUGCCGCGGGGCAGGGCGCUGCAGGAGGCUCAGGCGACGUCAAGAUGUUCGAGUGGGACAGCGAGGCGGAAAUCAUGAACAUGGUCGGGUUACAUAGCGAGAUCAGCGCCGGCAUAAAGGCCUUGGCAUGGUCCCCGAACCCAAUGCAGAGACACCUCCUCGCCCUCGGCCUGUCGACAGGCCGCACGCAGAUCCUGACCCUCUCUCCGUCGUCUCUCGCCGUUCCCCUCCGCGGAGACCAGGCAACAAAUUCGGCCCUCCUGACCGUCAAGCACUCGCGCCCGGUAUCCAGCCUGGCCUUCUCCAGCGCCGACCCCCUCCUCCUAGCAUCGGGCUAUGACAGACACCGGUCCGACUACUCCCUACUUAUCUGGGACAUUUCCGACGCCAUCGCUGCCUUUCCUCAAGAUCCUGACGGGGAUGCAACCUGGCAGAGACCUCCCGAGCGGCUCGAGCCGAGCAACCUCUACGGCCGGGCCGGCGACGGCGUCCGUCACCUCCAGCAGUACUGUGCGUCCGAGGCCGUGCAUUCACUGGCGUGGGUGCCUGAGAGCGCACACGAGCUCCUAGCCGGUGCCAACAACAAAGCUCUCCGAAUGUAUGAUCUGCGCACACCGACCCGCGACUCUGGCGGCAUCAGCGGCGGCGCCACUGUACACUGGGCCACACGGGCAGUGCACUUUAUCACGCCCGACCCGCAGAAGAAGCAGCGCCUUGCCUCGGUCGAGACCGGACAGGGAGGGAGCAUCGUCCGCCUCUGGGACGUUAGGCGUCCCGGGGUCGAGUUGGCUUCUUUCGAAGUAGCCGACUCCUCUGGUGUUGUUGCCCUCGAGUGGACUGGCGGUACUGGUCAGACUGGUUUGGGCGUCGGUACGUGCGCGGGCGGCGCCAACCUCUGGGAAGUGGUUAGCGGGGGCGAACGCGUCGACGGGGCCGACAACUGGACGUACUGCGGCGGGGUGCGGCAUGUGGUCAAGCCCAAGCAGCAGAUGCUGAGCUUUACGUUCGCUCCUCCUACCAAGUCACGCCGCGAUGUCGUCUUCGUGGUCAAGGAUGGCACGAUUGGUGUUGGGCCGCUGCCCGCCGCCCCAGUUCUCGCCUUCGGCUCACAUGCCGACCUCGUAGUCGCCACCACGGAGGUGUCGAGUGUCGACCCCGAGGUAUCAGGUCUCACGCGUGUCCCGUCACCGGCUGCUCCGGCCUCGCCAACACGAGCUUCUGACCGACGCUCCUUGCACAUGGACGAGCGCCGCAUUAACCGCUUCCAGCUCGCGCCCGAGCGUGUGUCUGCACUCUUGAGUGAGCAGUGGGAGCAGCGCUCGCGGAAGGAUUUACCUGGCCUUGUGCGGCGGCACGGCUCGCGCCGGUCGCUGGCCGCCAUGGUUGAUGAGGACGAGAUGGAUGAGUACGAGUUCGGCGAGGAGAUCACGGGUCCGGACGGUCUGCGGCGCGUGCUCCGCCACGACGCCGCGUUCAUCAUGCGCCGCCGCGCCGAGGAGGGAUACGGCGUCGACAGCCUCGAACUCAAUGCGGCAGUCGCUACGCGCUUCCCAGGUGCCGAGCGCAUUGCGGGAAUAUGGGAGUUUGUUGACCACUUUGUGCGCGCCACUGGCCCUGAAGCAUCCCAGGAGGGCCGGUACGACCUCACGUACCAGGGCGUCUGGAGCAUCUGGACGGGCCUCUUUGGAGCGGACGCGCGCGUCGAAGCUGCCACUGGGUGGGGUGGACUGCGGGGCGGGGGUGGUGCUGCUGGAGGACCCGGGAGCGGCGCCAGCACGCCGCGACGCGGCGCACCGGCAGAGUUUGAUGCCGAAUACAACGCGGCAAUCACGAGGUUGAACGCCACGCGCACGUUACAGAGCCACAUUGCGGCUCCUGGGGCCCACCGUCUCCCCCACACGGACAGGAUGCCUCAGCGGCGCAUGAUGCUAGCCGUAUGCGGCGAGAACAUGGCGUACGACACCAUGGCCGAGGUACACCGCCUCGUCGACGAUGAGCAGCGCACCAAGGCUGCGUGCUGGGCGUUCUUCGCCGGCGAGGAAGGACCGGCGAUCACGAUCCUGAUGCGCUCGGAUGACGAGAGACACCGGCUCAUGGGCGCGACCAUUGCGGGCUUCAUGUCCCAGUCGCGUGCCGAGCGUGGAUCCGUCUUCUUCCAGGAACACUGGCGGGGCAUGAUCGACAAGGUCGACGACCCGUACAUCCGUGCCGUGCUUGCCCGCAUCGCUGGCGAGAACUGGGACGGCAUCCUAUACGACGAGAGCCUGCCGCUUCUCGAUCGCGUCGCCGUCGCCGUCUGCAACCUCGAGGACCGGGACCUGACGCAAUUCCUCCGCAACCGGCUGCGGCGGUGUACGACGCUCGGCUCGCUCCCAGGCCUCGUACUGACGGGGUUCACGAGUGCCGGCGUAGCGCUGCUUCAGCGCUUUGUAGACCGCACAGGCGACGUACAGACUGCCGCGCUGCUGGCCUCGUUCUUCCCGCGUUUACAUCUGAGCGCGGGCGAGGUGCUCGCCCUCGACAGGUGGCAGGACGCGUACCGGAAUUACCUCGACUCUUGGUUGGCAUGGAUCACGCGCUGCUCGUUCGACGUCGCUGCCAUUUCCGAGCGUAGAACGCUGCACGACGACCCAAUUAACGCUAUCCAAACCGUCGUCGUUUGCAGAGUUUGCCAGCGUCAGCUUACACGGCAGACGCAGGAGAUGCUCGAGCGCAAAAACGCGCUCAAGGGCAAGAUGGACCCUCCCCCGAUUACCGUCAGGACAAACAUCUGCAUGUACUGUCAGAACGCGCUGCCGCGGUGCUCCAUUUGCCUGCUGCACGUGCGGCCGCCGAGGGACGAGUCGGCCGACACAAUGGAGGACGCAUAUGUCGCGUGCCAGACCUGCAGGCAUGGCGGGCACGCCAAGCACAUCCUCGGAUGGUUUGAGGGCGGGCUCGACGGUGGACCGUCACACGACAUCUGUCCUGUCGCCGGGUGCUCUUGCCAGUGCGCCGCAUUGUAG